GCGUAAUGAUCGAGAUUGAAAUUCCCUCCAAAGCUUCCGUGAGUUAUCGCGCGUUAACUACAGCGCCACCUGGAUAGUUUUCCCUGACAACAUUGCCAACGGAAUGGCUGAUCAAGAGGAAUCACAGCCCACCGACUCUGUCCCUAAGGAGGCAGAGAACACAGAAGCACCUGCUACCAGUGAGGAAACCCCAGCAGCAGAACAUAACCUUGGCAGAACCACAUGACAUCCCAAAUCCAAUGAUUUAAAAAACAUCAUAAAUUAUCUAUCAAAGGAAGAUGGUCCUCCUGCAGAAGAAGCACCUGCUGAUUCCAACACAAAUGCUGAAGACAAGACGGAAGAACCUCCUGCAGGAGAAGAAGGAGAGAAGACAGAAGAAGAGAAACCUGCUGAGGAAGGGGAAACAGCAGAGAAGGCUGAGGGUGAAGAGGGAUCAAAAUCACCAGUACCACAGAGUGAUACCUUUGCUGAGGGAGAGAGGCCGGAGAGUCCACAAAUUGCUGGUGAGAAAUUAUCCCGAGAGGGAAGUCCUGUACAGGGAGAUGAGGGGGUUCAACCUGACACAGCUGCCCUUGAACCUGGUACUCCAGAGGGGUCAAGGCCAGCCUCAGUCACAGAACAACAUUUAGCUCCCUUUGCUGAGGAAGAAGAGGAGGAAGAAGAAGAGGAAGAGGAGGAGGAGGAGCCAGAGCCUGAAUUUGAUAGAGAGGCUCUCCUUGAACAGUAUCAGACUUUGCUUGAGGAGAGGAGAGAAUUACAACAGUCUAACUACAUGCUUCAGCACAAACUGGCAGAACAUUUCAGGAAGAAGAAAGCAGAUGAUGCCAGACAAGACUACGAUAAAACAGCAAACGAUCAGGACUCCAAAUAUGUCAAGUAUAUGGCUCAAGUUGACGAGUUGAGAAAACUGGAUGCAGCCGAGAGGGAGAAUUACAAAAAUCAGAUGGAGGACUUACGGAUAAAAUGUGAGGAGAAGAAAGAGAAAGUGGAUGAGGAGAGGAAGAAAUUCAUGGAAUUCAAGAAACAGGUGGCAUUAAACGCCAUCUCUAACAGAUCAGGGAAGCCUGUUCCACCAAAGGACAUAGAGCAGGCCUUAUCCAUAGAAAAUAAAAAAGAACAAGAUGUAGUAGCAGUUCGCUUAGAAAAUAUCAAACUGAAAAACAAAUUAAAAAAGAAAGAACAUCAAUUAAAGUCAAAGGAAGAACUUGCAGAAGGUCUACAUUUAAUUGAUUUUGAACAACUGAAAAUUGAAAACCAAACAUAUAAUGAGAAAAUUGAAGAGAGAAAUGAGGAAAUUCUAAAAUUAAGAAAGAAAAUUACCAGUACUGUUCAAGUUCUAACUCACUUGAAAGAAAAACUUCAAUUUGUGCAAGCUGAAAAUCAAGUACAGAAAGGUCGUCUCCGAGAAGUGGAAGCUGAGGCUGCCAUGAAAAGAGACAUUUUAUCCAGAACAAAACAAGCCAGAGAUGCCCUACGAAUUGACAACCAGCGCCUACGCCAGAGCUGUGGGUUGCUAGGUAACGAGCCUUUACUUCGAGAUUUCGAGGAGAGAAAGGACGAAAGUGAUGAUCUAAGAGAAAGACUUGAAAGAUUAAAAAUGUCACAUGCCGAACUCACAUUAAACUGCAAUCAGGUUCGAAGGAAAAUCGAACAAGCAAGGCAAAACAGGGGGUGAUGUGAUACGUACAACACUUAUUGAAAUGUGAUACAUUAAACAUUAUGAAAAUUCUUAAAUGUGAUAACUUUUAUUUUUAUUGAUAUGUGACUGUUGUUUAUGUAUUAUUAAAACAGAAAUACAA